AUGCAGAACGGAGCCGCCGACAUGAGCCCGCAGGCGACGCCGCAGGAGCAGGAGCCCCCGGCCCCUCAGGAGCCCCUCCGGGCCGUUCCAUCCGCACCCCCCCUCCCCCCGGCCUCCCCGCCGCCCCCCGCCGGACCCCCACCCUGCACACGACCACGCCUGGUCUUCCACACACAGCUGGCCCAUGGCAGCCCGACAGGACGUAUCCACGGCUUCACCAACGUCAAGGAGCUCUACGCCAAGAUCGCAGAGGCCUUUAUCAUCUCCCCGUCGGAGAUCCUCUUCUGCACGCUGAACUCCCAUAAGGUGGACAUGCAAAAGCUGCUGGGGGGUCAGAUUGGCCUGGAGGACUUCAUCUUCGCCCACGUCAGGGGGGAGACCAAAGAGGUGGAGGUCACGAAGACAGAAGACGCCCUUGGCCUCACCAUCACGGACAAUGGGGCAGGAUACGCCUUCAUCAAGAGGAUAAAGGAAGGAAGUACCAUCGACCGGCUGCAGACGGUGUGUGUGGGGGACCACAUCGAGGCGAUUAACGACCAGAGCAUAGUGGGCUGCAGGCACUACGAGGUGGCCAAGAUGCUGAAGGAACAGCCUAGGGGGGCGCCCUUUACUCUCAGGCUGGUGAGCCCAAAGAGGGCCUUCGAUAUGAUCGGGCAAAGGACCCGGGCACCCAAGUCCGGCGAGGGGAAGAUGGUGACCGGGCGAGAGACCCUACGUCUGCGGUCGAAGGGUGGAGCCACUGUACAGGAAGUGCCUAAUGAGUUUGAGGAGAGAGCUACCAAGAAGGUGGAUGAUCUUCUGGAGAGCUAUAUGGGCAUUCGGGACCUGGAACUGGCCACGACCAUUGUAGAGGCGGGAAAAGACAAGAAGAACCCGGACGACUUCGCAGAGGCUCUUGACUUGGUCCUGGGAGACUUCGCCUUUCCAGACGUGUUCCUUUUCGACGUGUGGGGCGCUCUUGGAGACGUAAAGAAUGGAAGAAUGUAGAAGCUGGGGAAACUAGGAAACAAUCACGCCUUUUCAUCGGCAUACUCCAGAAAGCAGAUGACUGGGACUGGAUCUGGCCCAUAUAUGAGCCAUACAUGAGCCAGAUAUGAACCGUAUAUGAACCGUAUAUGAGCCGUAUAUGAGCUGUAUAUGAACCGUAUAUGAACCGUAUAUGAGCCGUAUAUGAGCCGGAUCAGUGCCAGAUCCAUUUAAGAGUCAGCUGCUGACUGGGCCAUCAUGAUCCCACAUUCACAUUAAACCCAGCAUGACCCCAUAUUAACAUUGAACCCAGCAUGACCCCCACAUCAACAUUGAACCCAGCAUAACCCCCACAUCAACAUUGAACCCAGCUUGACCCCCACAUUAACACUUAACCCAGUAUGACCUCACAUUAAUGCUGAACCCAGGCUGAAUAAACACAUAAACCUCAGUCACUCUGACUGCACA